AUGGGGUUCAAACUGCAGAAAGUUGCUCUUAUUGACCGCUGUUGGAAAAAAAAAAUUUUUUUUCUUUCACAAGGAGAAAUUCUUAAUACAGCACAUAAUCACCUCAGCAGUUGGAGAAUUGAUCCACAAAGGAUGAUAAACGACUUGCAUGGAUGUUCAGUGGUCAGUGAGCAUCGUUGGAGAGAGAGCAUUAUUUGUUUGGAUGAAGGCGUUGUCUUAGUAAAGAUCAACUUUACUAAAAAUAAAUUAAAGCCGACUUAG